UUGUGUCCAUUCAACUGGCUUUACAGUGUUAAUCCUCCAGGCGUCUUUGACAAGGAAACAAAGAUUAUGGUGAGUCAAGACUAAGGUCAAAACCAAAAGAACAUAAAAGAACACAAAACAAUGAAUGCAGACACCAGAAACAAGAAUUAUUCGCCAGACGUUGAGUACAUUACUGAAGAUAACAAAGAUCUGAAGCAGCGCUGGGACGAAUGUCCUAAAAAUGGACACCACAAAGAAUACGUCAGCAUCAAGACGUUUCAAAACAACCCGUGGACAAAUAUUGCUGACAAGUACAAGGCUUUAGUUCAGCUUCCGGAAUUUUUAGGGUGUAUGACUUCUCUGACUGGUAUGAUCCUUGUCAAACAAGACGAUGGCACAUCAACAGGAAGUGGUUUCAUCCACAAAAUUCGCAGAGUAUCUUAUGGUAGCUGCCCUUGCCACAUAUGUCUACAAAAUAAGGAAGUAAAGAAAAAAGUCUACGCUAUACUAACGGUGACGACGGUUCUGCAUAAUUUUGAUGAAAAUUGGGACGUGGCGUUGGAAAGCGGUGUCUUCUCUGAGAACUGGGAGCCCAAAAAUACUACAGUGAGACUCUUUUACGAUUCAAAUGAUGAGGCACACGAAAUAUUCAUCUAUGGCUACAAUCUCUUGGAGACAGACAAGGAAAUCAACAUCCACAGUGACUGGUGCUCUGUUGAAUGUGUCACUCAUGAUAUGAAAUUAGUUCAAGAACUUGAAACCAAGUUAAACAAAUAUAUGGAGUUACAGGGAGAGAUCUAUAGAAAAUCUAAAGAACUAAGUCUGAACGAUUUGGUCAUUAUUGUAGGUCAUCCCCAUGGAGGCCCCAAGAUGAUAAGUGUUGGGAGUCCCACGAAAGUAGAGAUUCUCAAAGAAGUCAGGAACUACCAGAAGUGGUGUCGCUAUGAAUACGACAACAUCACUUGCCAUGGUAACAGUGGUUCUCAAAUUUUUAUACUGGGUCAGCCAUUGUGCGGCUUUGGCUACUGGUUUGGCCAUCCCCACAACCAUUCAAAAUGUUUUAAAGUGGGAAGCAAGGAAAUAAAAGGAGGAUGUAGCUCAGUGGGUGUCGAGCACGCCGUGGAGACCGACUGAUUAAUUAAUUAUUUGUUGGAUAUCGAAUAAGGGAAAUAAUUUGUAUAUUAACGGUAGAUAUAGCUUUUAAGGAGGUGUUCUUCCCCUUUAGAUAAUUUUAAAAAUGUUUUGAUUGUUUUGAUCCUAGUUUUAUAAAUAACAUAUGAAAAUGAAACGGAAGACAAACACAUAAUUUAAAUAUGAUUUUUAUUAAGUUUUUUAAAAAAGCUUAUAUCAACUCAGUCUUUUAUCUGUCUCUUUUGUUAUUUUUGUCUGUUUGCUUGUUUUUAAACAUGUGCUCUUAGAAUUAGAAGUCCACUUACAUUAUUGUUAUCUGACCACUAUAACUUAGUAUAACAAUGCUGAUGAGAAAAUGUCUCUUAAUAAAUGUCCAUACACACAACGA